CUCGCGAGCCGCGGAGGUGAGCUUGUUUUGGCGGACAUGCAUGCAAGGGCAGACUGGGUUCACAUGCACGUGCGCCCCAAUUUGGAUCCUAAUUGGGCGUCAGUGCGUUUUUCAGAAUGGCCCCGAAGUACGUCCGUUCUGACAAGUCCAGAGAACUACUACCUGAACAGCGCUUAUAUAUUGGGUAGUGUGAAUGGUUUUCACAGGGUCUUGGUUAAACAUGUAAGUGACACAGCGGCUCUAACGGACAACGAGCAAAUCAAACAACAAUUGGCACCUAAACGGACAGGGAUAUACAAUAGAUCGUGCAUGGGGGUACAUUUAUCCUGGCUGUUAAGCCUGGCCUGAUUUGUAUUAUGGCCGUCUACAAAAGCUGGAUUCAAGUACAACGGGAGGCCAGGAAAGUGGCUAGGACAAGUGCAGUGACAGGCGCGUAAAUGGCAGUUAUACAAAUGUCAACCCGUUGCGUAGAGAAAUGGAAAGACGUUUGCAGGUUCUAAGAUAGGCCAAGGUCUGUUUUUUUUUGACCGCGCUGCUUUCUCGUGGAAUUCAGGAAGGGUGAUCUGGUGUCAUAACAAAAUCUGAGGGAUAGAAAUGUAAUGGGAAGUUAAGCUGGGUGUUGUUAAAGUUCCGAGUGAUGCCUAUGAACGCAUGGAAGAACUCGAGGAAGAGUCUUACCUUCAACAGUAUUGUAUGUCUGUUGGUACUAAGAACAGACGAGGCGUAUAACUCAACUUAGACAAGAUAAGGUUCGAAGACUUUUCGAGGUUUGUGUUAAUUAAAC